CUUCAGCUCACGCUGCAUAACAGUCGAGCUCACUAGGGUCUGUCUGAAGUGUGUGCCAAUCCAGCAGCCACAUCUUGGUCUCUUGUCAGGAUGCAAAUCAGGAUAAUCAGGAUGCUGUUUGGCUCUUUUGUAUUGUCUGUUGGAGUUUUCCUGAACAUUGGAGUGUGCACUGCAGUGCAAUCAGAGAUGAGAAUCACAACAAUAAAGCAAGAACCAUAUGCAAUGUCCAAAGGUGCACAACUGGAAGGCUUUUGCAUGGACCUGCUGUCUGAAGUAGCCAAGAAACUGGGCUUCAAUUACAAAGUGCAGCUGGUGAAAGAUGCUUCAUACGGCAGACAGGAUGAGAACGGGAACUGGAAUGGGAUGAUUGGAGAGGUGGUGAGAGGGGAGGCCGACCUUGCGAUUGCUCCGCUGACUCUCACUGCAGCUCGGGAGAAAGUGGUGGGGAUGACCAAACCAUUCAUGCAGACAGGAAUCAGCAUCCUGCUGAGGAAGGACAUCUCAGAGGGAACAGGCUUCUUUGAAUUCCUUUCCCCCUUUACAGCCGAGACCUGGGUCGGCAUACUCAUUGCCUAUCUGGGGACGGCUGCAUGCAUCUUUGUAGUUGCCAGACUCAGCCCAUGUGAGUGGAGUCAGACCCAGAGUGAGCAGAACAGAUUCAGCCUCCUCCACAGUCUGUGGUACACAGCUGGAGCUCUAACUCUACAAGGUGCUGGCCCACACCCCAAAGCUCUUUCAGGACGUGUCAUCUGCUGCAGCUGGUGGUUAUUUACCAUCGUCCUCCUAGCUUGUUAUUUCUCCAACCUCAGCUCCUCUAAGACCUCCGACUCCACUCACCUGACAGUGAAAGGGUUUGAGGACUUAGCCAAUCAGGACACGAUUGAGUACGGCUGCUUGGCUGGCUCAUCCACCCUUGCCUUCUUUAAGAAUUCAAACAAUCCAGUGUACCGCAGGAUCUAUGAACACAUGGAGAGAACUAAGAGUUUUGUGUCAUCUAUGGACGAAGGGGUCCAGCGUGCAAAAGAGGGAAACUUUGCCUUCAUUGGAGAGUCUGUUUCUUUGGACUUGGCAGUAGCACGCCAUUGUGAGCUCGUCAGAGCACAUGAAGUCAUUGGAAUGAGGGGAUACAGCAUUGCUGCCAGCCUUGGUUCACCCAUCAUAAAGAACCUCAGCGUGGCAAUCCUACAGCUGAGCGAGGCAGGGGAGCUGGCUUACCUGCGAAGCAAGUGGUGGGCCAGCAGCUGCGUAGCAGACAAGGCCAAGUCUUCAGCUGUGCAUCAGCACAGCCUCAAGGGGAUGUUUCUGGUUCUUUCCCUUGGCCUGGGGCUGGGAGCACUGCUGGCUGUCCUGGAGCUCACCUCCAAAAGCCGCAGAAGAGCAGCUGAGCAGAAGAAAUCCUGUUGCACUGUGCUGACUGAGGAACUGAGUCUGCGCUUGAGGACCAGCAAUGCAAACAAACCCCAAGAAAAUGUAGACAAAGAUAAAGAAAAAGCAUAGAAACAUCCUACAAAUGUGUAGUUUUAACAC